CACUUUCGUGAUACCCGACAAACCGUAGGGGGCAGUGUGCUACUCCAAUGCCAGCAUAGCGACUGCAAAGCAGCGAAGAAGAACGUAGCCCAGGCAAACAUGGUGAACGACAAGAGUACUCUGGGCCAGCUGAAGGACCUGGUGGAGCUGAAGGAUCAGCUGGAGGACAUCCAGAAACGUAUGGAAGAUGAGAUUCAGGCCGGGGUUCCUGCUGGCGGCAGUCUCCUGGGUUCUCCCUUCCUGAAGGGCUUCCUGGCCGGCUACGUGGUGGCCAGGUUCCGCUCGUCUGCACUACUGGGCGCUGUGGUCGGGACGUGCACAGGAAUCUACGCGGCGCAGAACUACAAGAUUCCAAAUGUGGAGAACACGAUUAAGGACUACAUCAACAGUGUGAGAGGAAGAAGCCGAUGAGAAAUGAUGUUACAACUGUCUUGUACAUGUGUUCUGCCUCCUGUAGUAUAGGAAACACUCCUUUGGGACUAUAUCAAACUUUAUUAUUGUCUGUCAGUGGCUUUUUUACUUAUGCAGGGAUAUGGGUGUCUCCAGAUGUUGGUUAUAGGUCAUCUUUUUUCUUUUUGAGGAAAUGCUUGUAAAUUCAUUUUUGUAAGAUUGACUUAAGAAUGCAUUCACUCAUAUUAAGAGUUUACACUAUGCGAUCUGAUAGUGCUGAAGUAAAAAAUAUUGCUGACCUUCACAAAACUUGCAGUAAAAAAAAAGUAAAAAUAGAAGUGCCUUCUCUAUUGUGCUGUGCAAUAAAUAGCCUUCCCUCAUGGGAUGUGUUUGCCCAACGUUGGAAGUGUCCAACGGUGCACUUUUUGUUUGCCAUUUUGACUCAAAAGUGUCAGAAAAAUGUUCAUGACUGGACCUCAGAAUUAUUCUGUUACAUUUUUUUUCGGGUGUUUUGCAUAAUUGCCAUCCAGAAUCUUUUAAAUAUGUUUUGUGAAUUACUCCUGGAAGCACUACGUCUAUUUCUUUAUAUUUUGUUGAUCAGCUGGUUGACGGUGCUACAUCUUCCUCUGUUGUCUAAAAUUAAACGGGUAACAAGACCCUCA